AUGGUCGUUGUCUUGUCAGUUUCUAAUCAGAUGCUGACACAUGUAUUACCAGGACUCCUACAUCCCAUUACCUGGGGUAUCAGGGACCUCAACUUUGCGAUUCUUGCGAUUGCAUACGGUGACUUCGACUACAACUCCUUCGGAGACCGCGAAUGCUUCACAUUUGCUUUGGGAUGCAAGUUCAACCUCAACGGGAAAGGGAAUGAAGGGCAGCUGUCAUGGAGCAGGAAAUGCGAACUGAGGGACAUGGAAAGAAAAUCCCAGAAAUCGACGCCACAGGCAAAGCAAGCAAGGAAUGGAUUUGGGAAGACUUCGAUUCUGAGAGUCAUUGAUUGGGCAGUAAAGCGAUGUGGGAGGGGAGGUUUGGUCGACGACUACGACAGAAUAUCAGACUAUCUCAAGAGCUUCGAAGUUGGGGACGCUAGCUCAAACACCACGGACUCCAUACCUUUCUGGGCGAGAAGAGCUUGUGGACUUGAGGACAUCAUAACUCUGCGGGCAAUCCAUUCUCACCAUCGGGAGGAAGCGUUGAGAAGCAUCGCUUCUGCUCACAUCCCCAGCAUCUCACACGCCAGCAGCGCAAGUCCAGUCGACGAGGCCUCGCUCCAGGCAGCGGCUGCGCUCUCGCAUGGCUUCGGCAUGUCGCACAUGAACAUCCUCCAUCGGUACGCAAUGAACUCACUCAGCUCAGGGCAAGCAACGGGCCACGUGACGGCAGGAAGAGCAGAGGAGGAAGCGCCCAGCAAUGCAGACCUGUGGGUUGGAGGAUGGAGUGAGGGCAUGCGCAAGCUCUCAGUCUGCAGCGGCUCGCACGUCUCCUCUGGUUUCGGACGAGUUGGUGAUAGUCGCCGCCCCUACGCCGCGGCGACCUGGGAGGAGGUGAAGGGAUACGAGGCGAUUCGGCGGAGGAUGCAGAACCUGGUUUUGGAUCCGAUCGUUCACCCUGCCAAGUUCAAGAGGCUCGGCGUCGAGCCCAUUCGCGGUCUCCUCCUUGCAGGGCCCAGCGGUUGCGGGAAAACCUUUCUAGCGAGCUCACUUGCAAGUGCUUGUCCUUGUGCGAACAUCUUUGUGAAGGCUCCCACGCUUCUCAAGCCAUUCCUAGGAGAGAGCGAAGCUGCGGUACGACAACUCUCACAUCUCCUCUCAUCCUCUGAGCGUGAGAUAGUCGUACUGGACCAGCUUGACGCUGUCGCGAUCAAGCGCUCCCUGCAGCAAGGCGAGCAGCAGGCUCAGGGCGUGGAGGCUCGCGUCCUUAGCACCCUUCUCAAUGAGAUGGACGGAGUGAGCGGGGGAGGUGGGCAUGUUGUGCUCAUAGGCUGUGUGAGGGACAAGAGCAUGCUUGAUGAAGCUCUUCUGCGACCCGGACGGUUUGACGAGACUGUCGAGCUGCCGAUGCCGGACAAGACGAGCAGAGAAGAAAUCUUCAUGCAGUGCUUGCAAGGACUCGACAUGGAGGAUCAGGAUGCUAUGCGACAGCUGACGCGCUCAGACGAGCUUGACGAGUCUCUCUCUGUUGCUCAGCUCAUCUCCGUUGCUCGAGCUGCCAUCAUCGCAGCUGCCCGACAGAACGACAUGCUGCGGCUGUGCUACACGAAGAGAGCAUUGGAGGAGCACUUGGAGCAGGAGAGAGGUUUGUGCAAGCUGCGAGGCAGGAGAAGAAGAGCGUGA